CCCCAAGCAAACCCUUCUUCUCUCUCUCUCUCUCUCCUCUCACGCUUCGCUCGCGGCCGCUCCUCUCUCUCUCCAUCCAUCCAUGGCGCAGGACGACGCCCCGGACUCCACCACCUCCUCCUCAUCCGCCUCAUCCGCCUCCGCCCCCGCCCCCUCCGCCGCCCGCCUCAACGCCGCCGCCCCGGAGUUCACCCCUCGAUCCGCCGCCCACCACCACCACCACCACGCCAACCCUCGCCGCCAGCACCGCGGGGGCGGGGGUGGGGCCUACCACCACCACCAGCAGCACUACCAGCCGCACCACCACCACCAGCACCACCAGCACUGGCAACACUACGGGGAGGAUGAGGGGGACGCCGCGGCGGCCGGGGCGGUGGGAGAAGGAGGGAUCCCGGAGGAUGUGGCUCGUCGGGUCGUCAAGCAGGUGGAAUUUUACUUCAGUGAUGUCAAUCUGGCUACAACAGAACAUUUGAUGAAAUUCAUGAUUAGAGAUCCAGAGGGAUUUGUGCCAAUGUCUGUAGUUGCAUCUUUUAGGAAGAUCCGGGAGUUAGUUAGUGAGAGAUCCGCAUUGGCUGCAGUAUUGCGGACGUCAGCAGAGCUGGUUGUUUCAGAUGAUGGAAAAAGGGUUAGACGUCGAGUGCUCUUUACUGAGGCGGAUGCUGAAGAAGUUCAGUCACGCAUUGUUGUUGCUGAAAAUUUGCGUGAAGAGCACCGCUAUCCAAAUCUUAUGAAGAUUUUCUCAGCUUUUGGGAGUGUGAAAUCAAUUCGUACUUGCUAUCCACAAGGUGGGAUUGAUGGUGCUGGAACUUCUACUGGCAAAGCAUCAAAGAUUGAGAUGUUGUUUGCUAAUAAGGUGCAUGCUUUUGUGGAGUAUGAAACUGUUGAAGAUGCUGAAAAGGCAGUUUCUGAAUUCAGUAGUGGGAGAAGCUGGAGAGAUGGGAUUAGAGUCCGCUCACUGCUUGGUUGCCUGAAACAAGCCAUGGGUCAAGGAAGAAGAGGUGGAGAUGAGGUGGAUGCUGCAGACGAAGAUGACCCUGAAACAACUGACCAUCCACAAGACUACGAAACAGAGGAUGCUUCCCAGAUUUCAGAAGCACAUCUUGAUCAUCAGGCUGAUGAUGGCUACCAUGACAAAGGCGGGAUGAGGCACGGGAGAGGGAGAGGACGUGGUGGAAGAGGGCGUGGCCGUGGUCAGUACUAUGGCCAUAGCCGGGAUGCCAAUCAUCCAAUUGGCACUCCUCCAUCGAAUCACAGUGCUCUUGCUGAUCAUCCUUCAAAGCCACCCCCUGGUCCUCGUAUGCCAGAUGGCACAAGAGGAUUUACCAUGGGGCGAGGAAAGCCACUCAAUCCUACCAAUGCUGUUUAAUGGCAGUGGCCAUGCCGGUGGCAGCCUGUUGCCCUGUUCCCUCUUGCAAAUCUGAUACUUGCCUCAGGUUCCAAACCGAUGAACGCCGAUUACCGUUGAUACUAUAGUUAGAUACAACAUGUGUUGGUUCGUUUUGGUGCAAGAUUCUGCAGAGAAAAGUUUUACCUGGUACAUGCAUGUAUACUGGUACAGCAGUGGUGCUGGCAAUGUGAACAUGUCUUUUGAUAUCUGGAUGCUAGUUAAUUUAGCAAAAUAUGUAGAUAUAGAUGAAAAAUGAGGUGUCUGAUCAAUGAUCAUUUGCAGCGGGAUAAUUCUGCUCCACAAA